AUGUCAAACUUAUACGCACCGCUUAUCUUAUUGUUGAAAAUUCCAGGGGAAGGUGCAGAUGAGCUUUUCGGAUCCUAUGCAUAUAUGCAACGAGCACCGAAUGCAUUCCAUCUGCAUAAAGAAAUCCUUCGUCGAUUAACACACCUUCAUCAAUACGAUGUACUGAGGUGCGACAGAUCAACAUCGUGUCACGGCUUGGAAAUUCGUGUGCCAUUCCUGGACAAGAGGUUCAUCGAUCUCGUCGCGCGACUUCCUCCAACCUAUAAACUGAUCCCGAUGAAGCUGGAGAAGUUCAUUCUACGAAGUGCUUUCGAAGGAUGGCUGCCAGAUGAGGUGCUUUGGAGGAGUAAAGAAGGUUUUGCAGAAGCCCUUGGUUAG